AAAUUUUUUAAUUAAUAUAUAUGAAAUUUAAACUGGUUUUAAGUCUCUUAACUGUAAUCAACAUUCAAAACGAUAUGAUGCAAAAAAUUUGUAUCUGCACACUAAAAUAAAUUAUGGAUUUAGCAGAUCAAAUCGAUGAUUAUAUUUGUACAUUUGAAGGAAUUGGUGAUUUAACAAUGGACUCAUUAGCAAUUUUCAUAUUUAUAUGGGCCGUAUUGGCUCUUUUCUCUGUAUGGCUGUGUAAAUAUUUCUACAAUAAAUAUAUGUUAAAAAAUAAAACGACGGGAAGUCAAAGUAAUAGUCGACAAAGUAGUGUAGCGCCCGGUGGUGCUAAAAACGAUAAAACACGUUUAUCCGAACCGAGAGAAUUAUUAGCUACAAAAUCUGAUAUUAAGGAUCUUCUAAGUAAACCUGCCGCUGGUGGUGCACGUGGUCGUUCUACAGCUUCACCUGCUUCAAGUGCUGGAGGUGCAGUUGGUGGUGGUGCACGUAGACGUGUUGUACGUCAAAGUUCUACUGGGCCUGAAAGUCGCAAAAAACGUUAUGUACCGCCACCAUCCAAUGUUGUUGGAAAAGAAACUGUUUCCGUUACAUGGACCAGUCAAGUAUUUCGUUGGCUUUAUAGCGAUUUAGUUAUUGUGAAUGAAUUACUCAUCUCAUGGGUCAUUGCGCUUAACGAUACACUCAGAAAAUCAGCGGGUGAGCAAGGUGUUACAGUAGAGGUUGUACGUGUUUUACCAGACAGUCCAGCACCUGGUCUCAAUAAUAUUUUCUGUGAUUGCAAUGAGAAUAAUCCAUCGGAUAUGCUCAUCGCAUUUGAUUGUGAUGCCAUGCCAGUGUUACAGGUCAAAACCUUCCGUCAAAAAUCGGGCAAAUUGGAGACAUCCCAUUAUAAGGUGACCGUAUCACGUUUUCGUGCACGCAUGACAACUGCCAUGAACUAUAACUCAUUAAAGGGUGAUAUGCGUGUCGAUGGUUAUCCGGAUGUACGCAUUGCAAUGAAUAGUGUUGGGGCUAUUAAGCCAAUGGAUCAGGAUGAGCAACAGUUACAGGAAGUUAUAAGUGACAUGCUAACAAGAGCAUUGCGUGACACUAUUUAUCCUGUUGACUUUUCUAUGUACUCAACAUGCCCACGUGCCGAAAUCGAUCCAAUGGAUUUGUCUCACAACAUGGAUGGUUUGAAUGCCAGUGGCACCUACCAACAACAAAUGAUUUCUGGUCGACGCUUACUUGUAAAAAUUGUUAAAGGCGAUGGACUUAAGGAUGCUAAAGAUCCAUAUGUGGUAGUUGAAAUGGAUGAACCAGCACAGAAGAAUCAAACCGGUACACGUCAAGGCAUAAGCCCUUACUGGGAUGAACACUUUUUGUUCGAAUUGGCGCCACAAUCUGCUGAGAUACUCUUUGAAGUUUAUGAUCGACCACUAAAUGUUAAUGAUCAACCUAAAUUUUUGGGUCUUGGUUUGGUUGGUAUAGAUGAAUUGGCUGUGGGGCCUGCAUCUACACAGGUGCUAUCGUUACAACCACGUCCCUAUGAAACUCAACCUGUAUUUGGUAAUAUCACUGUCGACUUCGUUUUCAUUGAGGGUGCAGAAAUACCCGUUGGUUCAAAAUCACAUAAUGUUAAAGAAGCCUUACGUUUAAAUUCGCCUCUCAUUAAUGAGCAAAUUAAAAAUGGUGCUGCUUUAGCUGAUGCUGCUGUACGUGCCUUACAGGAUGGUUCACUCUCAUCCACCAACGGACAACCCAGUAAAAGUACAUUAAUUAUCCAUAGUGUUCAAAGGAAUCAAAAUAAUUUAAAUCCAUUCAAGGUUGAAAUGAAUAAAGAAGGACAAAUCCAAGUCAGAGAAUCUCCUGACGAACUUAAUUCAGCAGUAUCGAAAGCCUUUGAGAGCUCCUAUAAUGAAACAAGUGAAUCCUUACCAACCGCUAAUACUACAGCAGAAAUAGAACAAUUAUUAAAAGAUACUUCGGAGACUACAGAUGCUACUGAUGCUACCGCUAGUCCUACUGAUUCCUAUCCGACAAAUGAUGUUUUCCUAAAUGACUCCUCAGGUAAUGGUAAUGCACCGGCCGAGUCUUCUAUUGAUGAGAUCUCAUAUAUAUCUAAGAUAUUAGAAAUAGAAGCAGCAAACCAACAGAAGGUUUCACUUACAAUAUAA